AUGGACGUUCGUUGUUCGAACGGGAUGAUCAAAAUGAUGGUAACGGUUGUCAUUGUGUUCACCAUCUGUUGGUUACCUUUUAACUUCCUUAUGAUCGUCAACGUGGACGACAGCUGGGAUCUGCUGCCGUACGUGUGGUUCGCCUUCCACUGGCUAGCCAUGUCGCACAGCUGCUACAAUCCGAUCAUCUACUGCUACAUGAACGCCCGCUUCCGGUCCGGCUUCAUCCUGGUGCUGCACGGAGUCCCCGGCUUGCAGCAACUGUGCUGCUGCAUCCGGCACAAGCAAAGCCAGCUGACACGUACCGUCGGUUCCAGCGUGGCCCUCGCCGGAAUCGAUGAAGUAUCGCAUCUGCAUCGAGUUAACACAUGCACCACAUACAUAAGCACCCGGCGGAAGACCAACCUGAACUUGCAUCAACAGGUAGGUAACUCUAUAGACGUAUAAGGUAACUUCCCUUCCGACCGACAUAUAGCAAACAAGGGUGGGUCAUACGAGGGACCGUUAAGUGGUUCCAGCAUAAAUAAACGUAAAAUAACCAUAAA